CCCUUUCCCCUCCACGUUUCGCAGACGCUUCCUGUGUCAGCACGAGCACGGCCAGCACGUGGGGCUGCGUCCACACUCGCGCUUGGUGGGCAGCGUGCUUGUUAACCAGUGUGCGCUGGCGGACACCUGGGCCGUUUCCAGUUUUUAUACUGUAACAAGCAAAGCCAGAGUGUCCUCCUUGUCUGAAUAUAUCUGCAGAAUAGAGUGGACUUGCAGAGGGAAAGCUGUGUUCUUUUUCAGUUCUGCUGCAGACCCGGCCCCGUUACCCCCCACCCCGGUGGAGGGCGGGAGUGCCUCUCCCAGUACCUGCACCAGCCCAGUGUAUUGCUUCUUACUUUUUUAUAUCUUUCAGUAGAAAAAGUGAAAAAAGACCCCCAGUCAAUUCAGUUUCUUUUUUUCUUACUCAUGAGUAAAGCUGAGCUUCAUAUGUUGAGGAACCUUGGGUUUCUUUUUCUGUGGGUAGUUUGUUCAGAGUCUUUGCCUACUUGCCUCAAUUUGUAGGAGCUGUUGAUAUAUUUUGCAAAUUAGCCAUGUGUACUAAAGGUAGCAAAAUUUUUCUUCAGCUCAUCGUGCGUCUUUAUUAUUAUUUUAAAUUAUCAUACGUAACACUGACACUUUGCACGAACUUUAGUCCACACGUAGACCCCCAGGCCCGUCUCAGCCGAGCCUGACUCCAGGCCCGGCUGUGGCCGGAGAGCUCUCUGAUGUGACCACUUCGUCCCCGCCAGGCCCGGCUGUCAGCUGCCUUAUUGCACCGGCUCCACCGGUGAGGAGACGGGCUCUGAGCGCACAGCCAGCCCCGCACGGGGAGCCCUGCGCUGCACGCGGGCCUGCACUGCGGGGUCGCCCAGGGCGGGUGGAAGACCGGGACUGGCACCAGGGCCUGGUGGGCAGGGCUCGGCGGCUGUGACCCGUCACCCAGCCUCCCACGUACCAGUCGCUGGUCUUGCCUGUCUCGCCCCGGGUCACAGACCCCAGCCCGGCCCAGGCGCACAAAGGAAGUGAGAGACUGAACGAGGGCAGGGGCCCUGCUGUGAGGCCUGGGCUCCCCACGGACCCUUCAGCAGCCUCCCAAGAGCAAGUGAGGGGCAGAGGCCGGUGUGCACUCAGGGAACAGAGCCCGCGCCCACACACCCCGGCUGACGUGAGCAAAGCCCGCCCCUCGGCCCCCCAGGCUGAGCGGGACCUCACCGGCCUUAGGCAGACAUGGGAGCAUCACAGCAGUUCCGCUUCCUGUCAUUCCGCUUCACUUGUAGCAGAUUUUUGGUGCUGUCAACUUGCCAUACCCGCUCCUUCUUUUUAAAUUAUGUGUUCGAACUGAUGAGUUUGUUUCACUUCCUGGGUUUCAGGCUGUCCUCUUCCUGAGACUGUGAAGUUGUCUGAUAGUUCACGUUUAAGCUCAUAACCUGCCUCGGCGUCUCUGAUGCAGUGAGGAGGUCAUUUAUUCGAGAUGUGCCUCCCCCGGGGGUCCGGGAUCGGUUUCUGAGGCUCUGCCUUUGGGUCCCAGAGGGUUUGGGCGAUGCCGUCUGCGGAGUCCUGGCCAACUGUCUCCACGAGGAAGGGUCUCGGUGCCUUUUCUCCUCCGUGAGGACGACGGCCCGCAUUUGCAUGUAUUUCCCAGCUUAUAACUCGUCACGCCCACACAUUCCCGGAAGUGGGAGCAAAAGCCGCUGAGACAGGCCUCUGCUGGCCUCAGCAGGUGCCUCACACCCCCGUCCACAUAGCAGCCGCUUCUCCCUCCAUCCUCUCUCCACCGUCGUGGCCCUCGCCUCCCGCCUGUCGGGGGCCCGGGUUGGGGCUCAGGUCUGACUCAGCCCCGAGCCCCUCUGCAGGCUGCCUGCGUCCACCGAAUUCCUAGAAGCUCAGGGGCACCUGCAAACACUCUCCUUCCUCUGCCCUACAGAUAAGCUUCCCAACAGGGCAACAGAUAAGAGCCGCUCUCCAGCUAGGUUCCCUGUGGGGAUCUCCUGGGGCUGUCCCACCCCAGGGGAGGUUGAUUUUUAAAGGUGGGGGGGGCGGCGGCUAGGCAUUCUAGGCAAAUUCCAGACAAAGGUAACGAGGCCAGGUGUGUCCUUCUGAAAUAACUUUAAGUCUUUCACCAAAUAUGUCGAAUGGAGACGCACCCCAUCUUCCCCGUCCCUCCUGCAGGGCCUCUGACGUGCCAAGUGCUGCUGGGGGAACAGCCGGACCCUCAGGCCCCAGCACACGUCCCCCCGACCGCCCCGGUCUCCCUGCCCCCCUCAGAGCCCCAUCCUGCGGAGACAGUGUCAGGAAGCAGACCCGUCCGUCAUCUCAGCCCUGGCACUGGGCUUGACCCCCGCCGCCCCGGCCCUCCUGUCCCCCGGGGGAGCCCUCGUUACAGCGGCAUGGGGGCCACAGGGCUGACCGCUCGACCCCCCUUCCUCACUCUCCGAGCGCCAGACCCAGUUCCUACUUGCUUGGGGGCGGAAGGCACUCACUGAGUCCACCGAGGACAGCUGUGCAUGAGUCUCCAAAUACCCGGAGGUGCUGUGUUCGGGGCACACUUGCGAGUGUUUUGUUGGCUGUAAUUGUGCGGAACAAGCAAACUUUGAGGGGUCCCGUGGAAAGGCCACAAGGAGCCCAGUGAGAGACGUGGGUUCCAGGGUUGCGUACACCAACAGUUAUGCUGGGCCCUCCCUGAGGGGCUCCCCGGUGACCGGGCCCCCAGACCCACAGGGACGCAGUGGGACAAAGCACGGUUUUGGGUCCAUGCCAAGGACAGGGGCUGGCGCGAGGCCUGCUGAGCCGGGGGACAGGGGCCCACUGCCUUCCUGGGACCAGGAGCAAGCCCACGGUGGAAACACUGUCCCCAGACCAGCGUCCGGCUGGAGACGGCAGCGUCCUGAGAAAGAAGUGAAGAGGCGGGGAGCUGCCGGAUCAGUGCUACCCAGACCCCUGCGAUAAGGGGGGGACCCAGGUCUGCCAGGACCUCAUGGGCACCUUCUACUGCCAGUGCAGAGACGGCUGGGCGGGACGGCUCUGCAACAGAGAUGUCAAUGAGUGCAGCCAGGAGAGCGGGAUCUGCAGCCAGAUUUGCUACAACAAGCCGGGCAGCUUCCAGUGUGGCUGCUACAGCGGCUACGCACUCUCCCUGGACGGCCGGACCUGCCACGACUUGGAUGAAUGUGCGGACGCAGGCGCCUGCGGGGAGGCUCAGUGCCAGAACCUGCCGGGCUCCUACUCCUGCCUCUGCGACGAGGGCUACGCGUUCAGCUCCCAGGAGAAGUCCUGCCGAGAUGUGGACGAGUGUGCGGAGGGGCGCUGCGAGCAGGCCUGCGUCAACUCCCCUGGGAGCUACACCUGCCACUGUGACGGGCGCGGGGGCCUCAAGCUGUCCCGGGACAUGAACACCUGCGAGGACAUCCUGCCCUGCGUGCCCUUCAACGUGGCCAAGAGUGUGAAGUCGCUGUACCUGGGCCGCAUGUUCAGCGGGACGCCCGUGAUCAGGCUGCGCUUCAAACGGCUGCAGCCCACGAGACUGGUGGCUGAGUUCGACUUCAGGACCUUCGAUCCUGAGGGCGUCCUGUUUUUCGCCGGAGGCCAUCGGGACAGCACCUGGAUCGUCCUGGGCCUGCGGGCCGGCCGACUGGAGCUGCAGCUCCGCUACCAGGGCGUGGGCCGCGUCACCAGCAGCGGACCCAUCAUCAACCACGGCUCGUGGCAGACGAUCUCUGUUGAGGAGCUCGAACGGAACCUGGUGAUCAAGGUGAACAAGGAUGCUGUCAUGAAGAUCGCCGUGGCCGGUGACCUGUUCCAGCUGGACAGAGGACUAUACCAUCUGAACCUGACCGUGGGAGGCGUUCCCUUCAAGGAGAAAGACCUCGUCCAGCCUAUGAACCCCCGUCUGGACGGCUGCCUGAGGAGUUGGCACUGGCUGGACGGUGAGGACACCACCGUCCAGGAGACGGUCAAGGCGAACGUGAACAUGCAGUGCUUCUCCUUGACCGAGAGAGGCUCCUUCUUCCCUGGGAGAGGGUUUGCCUCCUACAGCCUGGAUUAUGCUCGGACAUCGCCGGACGUCGGGACCGAGACCACCUGGGAAGUAGAGGCCGUGGCUCGGAUCCGCCCCGCCGCCGACACGGGGAUGCUGCUUGCGCUGGUGGGCGAUGACCAGGCCGUGGCCCUCUCCGUGGCCCUGGUCGACUACCACUCCACCAAGAAGCUCAAAAAGCAGCUGGUCGUCCUGGCCGUGGAGAGCGUCACCCUGGUCCUGAUGGAGAUCAAGGUCUGUGACGGCCAGGAGCACGUUGUGACCGUUUCUGUGAACAAGGACGAGGCCACCCUGGAGGUGGACGGCACGAAGGGCCAGAGUGAAGUGAGCCCAGCAGGGCUGCAGGAGAGGCUGGCCGUCCUCGGGAGGCACCUGCAGGGCUCCGUGCUCACCUUCGUCGGGGGGCUGCCAGAUGUGCCAGUGACCUCGGCCCCGGUCACAGCCUUCUACCGCGGCUGCAUGACGCUGGAGGUCAACCGGAAGGUUCUGGACCUGGAUGAGGCCAUCUACAAGCACAGCGACAUCACGGCCCACUCCUGCCCCCCAGCUGAGCCGGCCGCCUAGGCUUCUGCUGCCGCCGGACGCCCGCACAGCCACGUGCGCCUUAGCUUUCUUCCCAGACCAGGAAGGACGGCGGGAGGCCCCCGCACCCCUGCCCGAGACACUGAUCCCUCGCCCACCAGCUCCCCUCACGGCCUCCCUGCCCGUGUGUAACAUAUGUGUAAAUAGCGGACUCACCUCAGCACCACCCGAGCGGACCCGGGAAGAGAAUUCUGUUAUUUUUAUUACCAGAUGCUUCUCUCUGACCUAAAACUAUGGAAAAAUAAAACGUUUACGGAAACUUCCGA